AUGGCUAACUCUAUCGUGGUGGUGGACCCGGUGUCGCAGAAGGUGGUAACGAAGAUCAACCAGACGUCGCAAGGCGCCCCCGCGCCCUUCCCCAACUCCUGCCCCGGCCACCCCAUGCAAGGCACGUGGAACCGGCACACGACGGGAAUCGAUCAGCAGACCAUCUUCAUCACCGCCAGCUUCCAGCAGCCCACGCCGCUACGAUUGCCGGGGUUGUCGGACAUGGUGCUCGUCGUCAACACGUCGUCGCAGAGCGUCGCAGCGUCCGUCGCCGUGCCCGACAUCCCCAACGACAUCGUCUUCGUGCCUGAAGUGGGAAGCGUGUUCGCCCACGCGGACGUCAACGGCACAUUCGCCGUCAUUUCCGCAGCGCCGCCGUACACCUUGCAGCGCGCGCGCUUCUCCUCCGAGUUCGCCGAGGCGGGCUACGGCCGCCUGCUCGCCGACUCCGCGCUGAACGGCAAGGCGUUUCAGACGGCGUCGCAGAUGCCGGGCGUGUUCUCGCUGAACCUCUUCACGCAGUCGACCGACGUGCCGUUCCUCGACUUCACCCAGGCCAUGCUGCAGUCCGAGCCCUGGCUGCCGCCCGACACGCCCAUCUACUGCCCCGCGACGCGCGAGGCGGUGUAUUCGGCGGUGAAUCGGCGUGCGUACGUGUCGUGCGCCAAGGCGGGCAGCCCGCCCGACCCCAACGCGCCCGAGCCGGGGAUCGUCGAGAUCGCGGGCGACGACAGCGUGCCCGUGGGGUACCUCAACUUCAAGGCGGACAGGCUGUACCUGACCCCGGAUGAGACUUUCCUGCUGGCGGUGGACAGCGGCGCGGGGGUGAUCCGCAUGGUGCAGAUGCUGCCGGGCGUGGGCAGCGACCAGGUGUUCUCGCUGCAGUGGCCUGACGUCACUCUGCCGCCCAACUCCAUGCCCGACAAGAUCCUCUUCUACCCCAAGGGCAUGUUCUACGUGGCGCUGGUGUCGCUGGUGCUCAAGGACAGCACGGCAGUGAUCGAUUUCAACAAGCUGCUCGCGUGUGGCGCGCAGUGCCCUCAAGACAACAUCGCUGCCGCCCUCACCUUCAUUAACACCGGUUAUCAUGUGGCGCCACGUGCCAACAUGGAUUUGAGCAUAUCGUCGCGGAGCAUGGCAGUGGGGCAUCAGUUUGUGUGCGUGGCAGCCAAUCACGACAAGGCGGUGCACUGUAGCAACCUUGUCAACCCGGCGAACAACAAGAUCUACACCAACAUGUUUGACGUGCAAGAUAUAGUGUUCGUGGAGGGCAAGUAUCCGGGCGACCAGUCGUUCAUCCGCCCCAUCGACACCACCUUCGACUGCUCCUCCGCACCCACCACGCUAGACAAGCCACCACCACCCCCCUCGCCCUUGGACCUCGCCGUUGCCGCGCACUUGAGAGGCUCCUAA